GAUUAUUUUUCACAUUUCAAUCAACUAAACUUCUGCCUGGUAGUGUGAAUGCUAAGGUCACAUAAACUUUGAUGCCAUGAUACAAACUGACUCAUUCAGAUCAGAUUACACAAAAACUCAAUACAGAGAUGACCUGAACUGAGACCUGGGACAACAGCGAAACAACAUGAAAGGAACUCAAGGAAAUUAGUCGGUUUAAACAAGCUCGCAACAAAAGUAUUUAUGUUAGAAGAGAAAGAAACAGGAAUAAGACUCUUACUAUAAGGAUGUCAUAUAUGUUCCAUCACAAGAAACGUAGUUCUGAUCUCGCGGGUUUAUUGUUUUAUUCCGUUCGGGAAAGAGGCGCAAUUUGAUCCUCGUGAACAUGGCGGAGUAUUUGGCGUCGAUAUUUGGUACGGAAAAGGAUAAAGUAAAUUGUUCGUUCUACUUCAAAAUCGGUGCAUGCCGCCACGGAGAGCAAUGUUCAAGACUACAUAACAAACCGUCUUUCGGUCAGACUAUUUUGCUACAAAACCUGUAUAUAGCUCCUCAAAAUACAGCUCAGAGUGCUGAUGGAUCUCACAUCAACCUUACGGAAGUCCAAGCUCAGCAAAUCUUCGACGAAUUUUUCGAGGAGGUCUUUGUUGAAUGUGAAGAGAAGUAUGGGGAAAUAGAGGAAAUGAAUGUGUGUGAUAAUCUUGGUGAUCAUCUAGUUGGAAACGUUUAUAUAAAAUUCAGGCGUGAAGAAGAUGCUGAAAAAGCUGUUCAGGAUUUAAAUGAACGCUGGUUUGGUGGAAGACCAGUUCAUGCUGAGCUUUCUCCUGUCACAGAUUUUCGUGAAGCAUGUUGUCGUCAGUAUGAACUGGGGGAAUGUACAAGGGGUGGCUUCUGCAACUUCAUGCAUUUGAAACCCAUUUCCAGAGAACUUUGUCGUAAAUUGUACAAUCGGAGCAAGAAACGUUAUGGGAGAAGACGUCGAUCACGUUCUCAUUCACCGUCCAAGAGUCGACGUCGCCGUUCAAGAUCAGCUGGUCGUGCGUCAAGGCGUUAGGUUUUCUUCCGCGUGACCUGGUGUAUAAUUUAUUUCCGUUUUUUGUAUAUGGUUUCACUUCUGUAAACUGUUACGAUCCACAUCAAAUGGUAGAAUGUCCAUUCCAGCUUUAUGAGGCGUUUUACGCUGUAUUAAAUAUACAUCUUAUAACUAUGCUUCUGCUGUUUAUUUUGCUGUACGUUUAUUAGAGUAGCAAGGCGUCUAGUUAACUAACCACUAAUUGAUUUUCAAUUAUUCAUGAUUGUGUUUCUUGCUCGAUAAACAGUUGGAUAAAUAUGAUGCUUUAGCUCCCAUUUAUCAACGCUGUAUGACGUGGAAGUGACAUAAAUACGCUCCACAUUCAUCAUAUCUGAGUUCAUUACAAUUGUCAGAAGAAAAAGAAGUUAAUAUUUUUGAUGUGGUCAAGUUCACAGAUAUUUUCUAAAUCUUAUCAGAUUUGUUGUUAUAAAUCUCAAAAUUUAACUGCUCUGUGGGUUGUAGCGAGAUUUGAUACUAAGGUUAUUAUUUGAUUAAAGCCUUUGGCUUCAUAGCUAGUCGAAAUACCCUCUCUCUAAGUACCUGACCUGAAUAUUUUUAGUUUAGAAAAGAAAGUCCUGUCUAACUGAUUGGGUUUCGAGCAGAUAUGCUUUCGUAGUUGUUUUCCAGGUUUCACGUACGACAUUGGAAUUCCUCCACGAGCAAACCUCAUUCCUGUACUAUCUUUUCGCAAAUAAUUAUAUACAGCGAAAGUCGUGGUACUUUGACAGGAGGACUGUGUAUCGGGUUAUCUAAUUAGGAUGCUAAAUGAGGGUUUAUUUUACACCCAAUAAAAUGCCUGGAUCCACUCAUUCUUAGGAGUUAUUUACAUUGACUAACAAUCAGCUCUCUAUAGAUCGGACUGUACUGUACUAGACCUUAAUUAAUAACUUACUAUGUGGUCGCAUGUCUACAAUGUCAUGAAAUCAACAAUUCAUAACCAACAGAAAUAACUAACUACGUUAUGUAACUUUUCUAUAUUUGGUUACGUAUCACGUGGGAUUAAGAAAGUUGGCUUUGUAUGUCACUCACACUCCAGAUGAGUUACUUCGAAGUUGUUGGUGGUGAACGGUCAACCAGGUAUUUUCAUCCAUGUGUAAUUAUGAAUCAUGGUAGUUGCUUAGGUUUUAUUUAUGGUUGUUCCUUUUGUGAUCUUCACUGAGACCAUUGGUUGACUGUAUUUUGUUUAGUUGCCGGGGCAACUGUCAUAGUCUGAUAUCCAGGUCUAUGGUCCUCUUGUGGAUAUGGAGUCCCUAAAUACGACUUAUUAGGAAGGAAACCGAUAUUGAGGUGGGUCUAAGGUCAAUCUUCAGCACAUUUCUGUUACAUUAAUUUACUAUGAUUAUAUUUAGUAAAAACCACUGUCCAUCUGUCUUAAUCAUUGAUUGAUACAUAACAGAUUAAUUUGAAAUGUAUUUUUAGUUCUAGGGUCAUCAUUAAUAAAGCUUUCAUUAGAAAAUUGCACUUCUCACUCUAAUUAGAGGGCUGAGUUGAAAUAGUGCGGUCUACUAUAUUAAAUUUGGAGUUAGGAAAUGUUACCCCGGUACUUGAACGUAUCUGAUCUGUUGUGAAAGUCAAGAAACUCAACGACAUUUGUCUGAUGAGGAUUCAUAUACAAUUCUUAUCAUCCGCUGCUUCAAUAAUGAGGAUGGAACCCUGUUCUGGUCAGUAACUGAUAAACGUUAGAUAACCAUUGAAAACCUGGACAACUGCUUCGUCCUUGUAUAUGUCUCGUCGACAGUGUUCAUCUGUGGAUCGAACAAAAGUAUUUUUGAUCUCGUCCGCUCACGCCUAAACUGUCACGUCCCUACGAACACUUAUUUGAACUGGAAUAUUCAUACCACAUCAAGAGUGUGCACUAUGGAAUGCUGAAAAAGUGUUUCCUCAAGCAAAUGCUCUGGCACUGUUUUACAACAUUGCCGAGUUUAUAAUCCUUUGGGCAAUACCAAGUUUGACACUUGGUUCCGUUUCUAUGACGACCGCUCCAACGCUAAUCUAAACCAGAAAGAUUCGUGUUUUGAAAUUAACAUAAGGGAGAUCAAAAAGGCUCCACUGUCAUCUUACCACGAAACCCACGCGAUAGGAAACUCGUACAAACGUCCAUCUGUCAACCUUUCGGUGACCUUUGUUCUAUUUUCAGUACCUAUGAUCAAUAUAUGAAGCUAGUGAUCCGUAAUAACAACGGUGCUGAUAUGGUUACUCGGGUACAUGAGUUCAUUAAGCUGCAAGCCAGUUCAAAUUCCCAAUGUUUAUCAUAAGUCUUUAAUCUAGAAAGAUCACUGACACCUGCACACUGUUAGUGCAUCUCCUUGAUUAAAACCUAAAUUUAAGCAACAAAAAUCCUGUCUAUAUUGUUAUAUCCGAGCAGAGAUUAAAUCACGAG